CGUGAUGCCGCUCGCCACUGCGCCUGCGCAGACAGGAGACAGCUGAUAACUCAUCUAUUAUGCUACUUCGCUAAAUAAAAAAAAAUCUUCCAUAAAACGUACCGGAGCCCACUGCUGGAUUUCCCGGAGGACCGAGCCACAAAGUGAAUCCCCUCUCCGACCGGUACCGGUGCGGUUAACGGGUAAUGGGAGCAGGAGCCGUACGGGAUGAGUCGCCGUGUGUCGGAUCCUGGAUGGCCGCUCGGCGCCUUCAGACAAAGCUCAGCUAACAGGCUAACGGCUCAUUAGCUAGCGGGAACAUCUGCAAGCAACGGAUCGGUGAGCGCGUUAAUCGCCCCGGUGAGCCGCUUGUUACCGAAACACCCGUCCAGAUAUCACCUUCUGCACGCGCUCAGACGCCAACACGACGGCUAUUAACGCUAUUUAUGACGUUUACGUCUCCGGUUGUGCAAUGGGAGUGUGUCUCCUCGAAAGAAACAUUGAGCUGAAGAAUCAACAACAACGCCUGAACUGAACCCGCACAAACACACACACACACACACACACCCACACACACCUCCCUCAGACCCCAGAGGGAGUCGUUUUCUCACCUGGUGGUCCAACGCUGCCAUCCCACAGUGCAUUGCUGCGUCAGUCGUCCACCAUGUCGGACGCCCCCGAGGCUGCGCCCCCCAGCCCCCCCACCCUCACCAACCCGGCCCCCCCGGAGGUCACCAAUGCCACCAAACCUGGCAGGAAGACCAACCAGCUGCAGUACAUGCAGAACGUGGUGGUGAAGACGCUCUGGAAGCACCAGUUCGCUUGGCCCUUCUACCAGCCAGUGGACGCCAUCAAGCUCUGCCUGGCAGACUACCACAAGGUGAUCAAGAACCCGAUGGACAUGGGUACCAUCAAGAAACGUCUGGAGAACAACUACUACUGGAGUGCCAGUGAGGCCAUGCAGGACUUCAACACCAUGUUCACCAACUGCUACAUCUACAACAAGCCCACCGAUGACAUCGUCCUCAUGGCGCAGGCCCUGGAGAAGAUCUUCCUGCAGAAAGUCUCUCAGAUGCCUCAAGAAGAAGUCGCUCUGCUUCCUCCGGCUCCCAAAGGCAAGAGCAAGAAGCCCGGGGCCACUACUCCAGGUCAGUACUGCAGUACUAGUGCUACCUCUCCAGGUCAGUACUGCAGUACUAGUGCUACCUCUCCCGGUCAGUACUGCAGUACUAGUGAUACCUCUCCCGGUCAGUACUGCAGUACUAGUGCUACAGGUCAGUACUGCAGUACUAGUGCUACAGGUCAGUACUAGUGCUACGGGUCAGUA